AUGAAUGCUGAUAUUGUGCUGAGAUUGUCUGGCUGUUAUGAAUUUUGUAUCUUUCAUACAUACAGUAUUCGUGACGGUUUUUGUUUAACGGUAUUAAAUUGCUUUUUUGUAGCACCAAGCCCGUCAUCGCACAUGACCCAUUUGAUGCGCAUUUGUGUGGAUCGCACACUGGGCAGCACCGACAAAUGGUUCUAUGUACGACCCUCGCAGGUCGGUUGUCCUGAGGAGUUGAAUGACCUCGGAACCCACGAUCGACCUUACACAUUCGUGACGGGAGACGCACGCGAGUUAGUUUUCGUCGCCCAGAUGCCGAACCCGAAAGAAAACGUCAAUUUGGAGUACAGCAGGUGGUUUCAGACUCUGUUAGGUCUUUUGCUGGUUGACACGGAAUAUUCGGAUCAGCCUCAAUGGAAGAUGGGAGAGGACCCAGAACUGAGGUUAGAAGUUCGAAUGGGAUAUCGGACGCACGAUGAUCCAGCUCAUGUCUGGCACGAACUCGCUUCAGCUACGGUAUCGAGAAAAUUGCAAUGCACUGCCGACCCUUCUCACAGACGUUAUGAGUUUUAUUUCGCCUGCGAACCAGUGGAGUUGUUUGAACUCGGCUCCUGCGAUUAUCCGUUCUAUUUGCUGAAUAUUCGUAUUCCUGGUGGAAACGAAUCGUCGAGAUACAAUAAGCACAUCGGCCGAUUGACAGGUCUUUCGAUCAUAGAAGUGCAUCAGAACGGUGGUUUCACAAAGGUGUGGUUGUCGAUGAAGACUAUGCUGUUUCCCGUGAUGAUGGCAGCCGUUGUUUGGUACUGGUCUCGCAUUAGACAGUUAAAUCGACCGCCGGUGUUGCUCGAAAAGUGUCUGUUCAGCUUGGGCAUCAUGAUGCUGUUCAUCGACCUACCAAUCGAAUGGUUAACAUUGUGGUUCCGAAUGCCUUUCAUGCUGCUAUUGUCAGAUUUGCGCCAGGGACUGUUUUAUGCGAUGCUACUUAGCUUUUGGUUGAUUUUCGCUGGGGAACAUAUUAUAGAUAACAGCUUUAAGAACAGCAUCGGCGCCUACUGGAAGCAUCUGAGUGCUGUUUUGUUCGGCUGCGCGUGUCUGCUGAUCUUCGACGCAUGCGAGCGUGGCAUUCAUCUGACGAACCCUUUUUUCAGCAUUUGGUCAACGACGCUUGGCUCUAACUUGGCGUACACCUUCAUCGUGCUGGCCGCUAUUUCAGCGUGCGUCUAUUUUGCCUUUUUGUUGUACAUGAUAAUCCGUGUCGCAAGAACGAUCAACCGUAAGCGCAGCUCUUUGGAGAUAAUGAAGCCGAGUCGACGACUGCGGGUUCAGUCGAUCAUUUAUCGAUUCAAGUUCUUGAUGCUGCUGACGCUGGUUGCCGCUGCUUUAACCGUGUCUGCUUUUAUUUUCACUCAGCAAGCGAAUUCUGUUGUAGUAAUGAACAGCGACGAUGACGAAGACGAACUGGUGAAUCGUACGACCGAAUCCUCUAUGCUGACCACGCUGACAAAAUCUGCACAAGACUAA